AUCUGUCUGUAGUGGCAGUGCAUUGAGCUCUCACUCACUGCUCACAAGCCAUACAUUCACUCAUUUGACGCGAUUUGAAACACAUUUGAGAGAAAAUCAUACAAAACUGUGAGACACAUCCACUACCAGUCCACUAGACAUCCAUACCAUCUGAAUGAGUGUUUCGUAAAUUCAUUAUUAAUUACGCUAUUAAUGGCUAAUGAAAUGUAUAAAAAGUUUUUCCCAAUAAAACACUUGCAAUACUAAUCAUAAUCAUAAUCAUAAAUAGCGAAACGUGUGCUUCAAUGGUGUAUUGGAUUUAAAAACGUGAAUUUAAAAAAGUGUCUCCGAUCAUUUGAGUCCACAAAAUGUGUAUCCCGUAAUUGAUCUCAAGUUUGACCAGGGCUUUUUGGGCACAAUUGUGUUUGUGGUGUAGUUUUUUCGGGCCUAUCAUUGCAUUGAUUUGUAGUUCAAAUCAAUAGUUUUGUAACUGAUUUGCGAAAUAAUGUGUAAAACAAGUGAUACUAUGUUUGCAAAUACCAGGACUACUAUGCGAUCGCUAAUUGAUUGCAAAUAUUUAUUUAAUCAUUUAAUUAUCGUUACAUUUAUUGUCACAUCACUUAUCAUCACAAAUGUCACAUCGGACUGUAGUUUUCAACAAUUUGAAUGUCAAGACAAAAGCAAAUGUAUACCACUUUCGUGGAGAUGCGAUGGUGAUGUCGACUGUCCCGACCAUUCAGAUGAAUCCGAAUGCGGUGGAUUUGUGAUAACGAAGACGAUUGCGGCGAUAGGAGUGAUGAAUUAAAUUGCGCAAACCAUACCUGCGCUGAGAAUCACUUUAAGUGUGUAUCCAUCAGUAAUUGCAUACCAAACGAGUGGUUGUGCGAUGAUGUGGAGGACUGUACGGACGGGUCGGAUGAGAAGCAAUGCAAAACCGAUUUAGUCUCUUGUCGUCAAAACGAGUUCACGUGUGAUAACGGAAAAUGUCUGAUAAACCGAUGGGUUUGUGACGGAGAGAACGACUGCGGCGACGGGUCCGACGAGUCCAGUCAUAUUUGCUCCAACAAGACGUGUACGUCCGGGAUGUACACCUGUCUGUCCGGCAAAUGCAUACCCGACCGCUGGAAGUGCGACGGAGACAAAGACUGUCCCGACGGCGAGGACGAGGCCGGCUGUCCGGCGGUCACCAAAGAUGAUGAGUCCAAAUGCGGUCCCUCAGAAUUCUUGUGCGCCAACGGACACGAGUGUAUAAGCAAUCUCUGGAGGUGCGAUCGCAGCAACGAUUGUACGGAUGGUUCCGAUGAAGUCAACUGCAGCUACACGUGCCGUAAAGACCAGUUUAUGUGCCGAAAUGGGAACUGUAUUCACGAGAGCAUGAAAUGCAACGGAAAGCCCGAGUGUGCGGACGGUACGGAUGAGCAGAACUGUCCCGAAAAACCGGACGAUUCGUCGACGCCAAACACAACCAUUUGUACGGCUGUAGAGCACGAGUGCAAAGAUUCAACGCCUGUUAAAUGCAUCGCAAACAGCAAACUCUGCGACGGUAUCAACGACUGCGGCGAUUGGUCUGAUGAGCCGCACAACUGUGCCGUCAAUGAGUGCACCGGUAGUCACCACUGUUCCCAAGUAUGCGUGGACGACUUCUCUGGAUUUCACUGCGCCUGCAAAAAGGGCUUUGAGUUGGCAUCAGAUAACAAGACAUGUGAUGACAUCGACGAAUGUGCGGAACACUACGGCUUAUGCUCCGGUCAUAUAUGUCUGAACCUGAAGGGACACUUCAAGUGCGAGUGUUUCGAUGGCUAUGAGAUCCGAGACCAUCGCUUCUGUAAAAUCAAAGGCGAAGAGAAGCCGUUACUGAUGUUCGCCAACAGACACGACAUCCGAACUCUGGACAUAUCGCAGAAACACAAACACCAACACUACCAGCCCUUGUACUCACACCUCUCGUCAACCAUUGGCAUCGACUACAGUCUUAGAGAUAAUUAUCUCAUAUGGAGUGAUGUGGCGAAUGAGAAGAUAUUUAUAGCGCCCUAUAAUUCCUCUCAUAAGACGUUCAACGGUCUGACGGAACAAAAGGAGUUGAUUCACAAUAAAGGAGUUGUCGACGCAUUAGCUGUCGAUUGGAUCCAUAGACUGGUCUACUGGUCGGACACAUCCAAAGAUCACAUAGAAGUGGCCAAUAUAUCAGAUCCUGAGUCGAGAGCUAUCAUAAUAAACGAGGACUUGGAAGAGCCCAGAGGUAUAGCCGUCAAUGUGUUGGAGUCUUGGAUUGUUUGGACGGAUUGGGGAUCCAUUCCCAAGAUAGAGAGGGCUCAACAGGACGGUAGCGGACGACAAAUACUUGUCGAUCGGGACAUCGUGUGGCCCAACGGUGUGACCAUUGAUUUGAUUACAAAACAGAUCUAUUGGUUGGACGCGAAGUUGAGUACAAUUAAUGCCAUCGAUUACGACGGAAAGAAUCGUCGACUUGUUCUCCAUUCACCCGAAUAUAUCAGACAUCCCUUCUCUCUGGAUAUCUUCGAGGACACAGUCUAUUGGACUGAUUGGGAACUGGAGUCGGUUUUGGCCACAAAUAAAUUCGGCAAUGAUUACAAUAAAGUCGAGUCAUUAGUUGGCGGAGUCUUCUCCGUAAUGGAUAUCUGUGUUGUCCACUCCUAUAAGAAGCCAUAUUCACCGAACAGGUGCGCAGAGCACCGGUGUUCGCACCUCUGUUUGCCAACCGGUCACGAGUCGUAUCGAUGCCUGUGCCCGUCAACCAUGAUAUUAAUAAACAAUUUCACGUGUGAGUCCAUUAUUAAGUCAACGACUGUCCCGUCAGCUCCGGAAUCAGCGGAGACUACGGGCGCUCAAUCCGUGUCACCGACGAAGUCAGGCACCGAAGAGAUGACAGAAUCGAUCGAAGAGAUCGAGUUAAUGAAGUCUCACAACAAAAAUAAGAUCAAACACUACAAAGAAAACAAAACCAAUACUAUCGACGACUAUUCCGUGGGCCAGGAGUCGGACGGCAAGUUGGCGAUCAUUAUAACCGUUAUAUUGUUAUGUAUUUUGUUGUUCAUCUCAACCAUUACUUUAUUCAUUUAUCGCAAAUAUCAACGACGUCACAUAACUUCAAUGAAUUUCGAUAAUCCAGUCUAUCGUAAGACAACAGAAGACCAGUUUGUAUUGGAGAAGAGCGACGACUCCCUGUCCUCAUACCCAUCCAGUCUGGAGCCGCUCACGAGUCCGGGCACUAAUGAAUUUGUUUAGAGCUGUUGAUUAGGAAAUAAUAGUUAUUUUUUAAUUUAAUAUAUAAUUUACUUUUUAAUGAAUAGAGACGUUAUUUUUAAUUAAUUUUAAUGUUUUUACUAUUAGUUUAUAAUUAAGAAAUUAGACUUUAAUUUUAAAAUUCCUAAAAUAUCUAAUUAAUUGUUUUGAAGUGAAUAAGAGAUACGAACAAAACA